UUCGACCGAGUGAUACGAACGAAAUGAAUUCGAAAGUAGUGUUGUGCCUCUCAGCUGCUUUGGCCGCAGUCUACGCCGAUGGCUACGACUCCCACGCCCCCUCCUCCUCCGGGUUCGCUGGCUCCGAGUCCCGAAUCUCCCAGUCCCGCGCCUCCUUCGGCGGGGGAGGAGGAGGAGGAGCAGGAGCAGGAGCCUUCAAGGCCGGGCCCGUGGUGCCAAUCGUAGCCGACGACCGUCAGGCACCUGACGCCAGCGGCGCCUACAGCUUCAACUUCGAGACCGGGGAUGGAGUGAGCCGUCAGGAGCAGGGAUCCCCACAGGGGCCCUCCGGAGCUGUUGCCCAGACCGGCGGAUGGUCAUUCACUCUUCCCGACGGCACCCCGGCAGUAUUCAGAUUCGUCGCCGACGAGAACGGUUUCAGGGUCGAGUCCGACCUCCUUCCCACGCCCCCACCCCUCCCGCCCCACGCCAUCGAGCAGAUCGAGAGAGCCCGCCAGGAACAGGCCUCGGGCAGGGGAUCGUUCGCAUCGGCCUCCACACUGUCCGGUCAGUAUUCCGCGCCGUCGGCCUCCGCUCCUCAGUUCGCAAGACCAGCAUCAGCAGCACCAGCACCAGCAUUCCAGUCUGCUGGUCCUGAUUUCGCCAGCGCCUCCUCGGCCCCAGCUCCCCAGUUCGCCUCAGCUUCCCACUCUUCCUCGAACAAUCUCUUCGGGGCUUCCUCAGCUCAGGCUCCCCAGUUCGGACGCCCCUCAUCAGGCGGUAGGCCCAGGCCAUCAUCCAAACGACCUGCUGCUGCUGCUGCUGCUGCCGCUCCGUCAACCCAAUAUGGCCCCCCACAGUAAACUCAAACUUCCCCAAAAUCUAAAUAUUCAUUCCAAGGGUCAUAUAAACUUCCAGAAGUGAAGUGUACGGCCUUGGAAGGACAUGGUGCUCAACAAUGACCCAAAAGUUGCGAGGAUUUCCACUUCACUAUGCUACUAGGAGAGCUAUUAACAAAAAUACAAAAAAAAAUGAUAUUGUGAUAUAUUUAUGAAAUAAACUUAUCUGAAUCUA